GGAUUAUGGAAGAGUAUAGGCUUGCCCAAGAGGUCAUGAAGGAUAAAGUGUUGUGCGUUAUCAAGCUUCUUCCGAGGUAAAUAGCCAUUGAUCAUGAUUCAUGAGCCUCUCUGUAUUCUAACUAUGAUAUAGUUUCUUAAUUCUCUAGCUGCUCGAUUUGGUUUAGACAUUUGUGGUUACAAUUUCUUUUACACACUAGAACGCCAAUCGUAUAAAGACAACAAUAUUAGCAGCAUCGUCACAAAUGAUUUGUCUUCUGAAGUUUAUUCUCUGCCAACAAAAGUUUCACGAAACUAUAUAUAAGAAUUAAGAACUAAGACAGACACCAGUAACGUACCUUGUGAAGUAACCGUGUUCAGACGAUGCAAGGCCACUCAAAUAAAUUUAGAUCUCUUGCUCGAUCUUCAGCAAGCACCAAUAGUUUCUUAAAGUACAGAGCCUUUUGAAACUGGGGGAGGGGCAGUGCAUAUCCAAAUCCUGCGGAAAAAAAAAAACUCAAUAUGCCACACAUGAUGUGUACUCAUGUAGGGAUAGUGUUUUUUUUAUGAUGUAGUUGCUUCCCAAAAUCAAACAUGGCAAUGGCAGAAAAUAUUGCACUGGCUAAUAGUAAUAUGCUUCUCUCAACGUCCCAAUGAUUAACGCUAAUUGCCACAAUUCAAGAAGAUGAGUAAACCGUGAACAAGCGUGAUUUUUGCGUGGAGAAUCAUGACUAAGAGCCACUGGCUCAUAAUCUUGGCAAGAGAAGAUCAAUAUGGGUGUUGGACAUACACUCACAUAAAUAAUACUUUACUUACCUUUAUGUUUUGGGACGACUAGGACUAGUUCUGUAAUUAUUUUUUGAAGGUUGUUGCUUUGUCGUUGAUUGUUUGAGAUUUGUUUCUUUUGAAUCUAAUCUAUAGUUUGUAGAGAUUUACUUUGAACAAUUACUUUUGAUUAAAAGCUUUGAACAAACAUUGGCAACUUAAUUAUUUUUUAAAUUAUAAAUUACUAAGAGUAUUAAUCCCAUGAUAAAAUUUUUAUCAUCAGUAGUAAUUUAAUUUUUUUUAUUAUAAAAUAUGAAAAUGAUAAAAAAACAUAUGAGUAGAAAGCAUCAUUUAAUAGAUAUUAAUAUUAAAAAAUAUACUAUAUAAGUUAAUAUUAUUUAAAUUUAAUUAUAUAUCCUAUCAAAUAAAAAUAAUAUUUUCUGGAUUAAUAAAAUUUAUAUGUUCGCACCAAUUUAACUAUAUAUGUAAUAGUUACUGAAUUUUUAAUUAUUCAAUACAUUUUUAUUAUUUUAUAAUAUAUAAAAACAUAUAAUACUAAAAAUAAUGUGUAUAUAAAAUAUUUAUUCCGCGCAAGGCACAGGUCUUAACCUAGUUGGUUACUAUUUGUGUUAUCUUGGAACUGAAGUUCUACGAAUAUCAUAUGAAUUGGACUUCGGUCAAAUUAAAUGAUAUAAUUUGAUAUACACAGGGCUGGGUCAAUACUGUUAGAGGUCCUUAGGAAAAAAAAAAUUUUACCCUCUAAAAUUUACAGAUAAUGUUUAAAAUAUUUUUAAUAUUUAAUUAGUAAUACUUUGUACAUUUUAUAAUGAAAUAAAACUAUAUACAUAUCAAAUUUUUUUGAGCUCUUUUCAAUUUUAUUUAUUAUAUUUAUAAUUUUUAUAUAUAUAUAUAUAUAUAAAAUAUAGAUUUAUAAGAAAAUUGGAUCUCUUAUUAUUAUACAGGGGACAUGGACUUAGACUUGGAGCAAUCACACCGCUCGUCCACCCUAAUAAGCAGGCCCUGGAUAUACACAUGUUUCUCAUAAACGCAAUAUAUGUAAAAAAAACAUGAUCUGAUUUGUGUCUAUCAUAAACAUAGUGCAUGCAAAAUCUUCGUGAAAAAAUAUAUAUAUUUGUUUAUACAAAAAAUUAAGUUGUAAAUUUUUUUAUCCCACUUGUUGCUUUCGUGUGUUCAUCGUAUUAUAUGAGAAAGAUAAACAAACUCAAAUAGUUUAAUCAUAAUGUAACAAACACCAAAAACAAAACAAAAGACAUAUGAGUUUACAAUUUUUUUUAACGUCUGAUUAAUUAUGCUAUUACAACGAUGAUAAAUAUUACAUAGACGAUUCUACAGCCGACAAUUCUACCAUCAUAUGAGAAUGCAUGUCUGACUGCAUCACUCCGAGCUGCCCUAUGGCAUCCAUGUUCAAUGAUACGCUUUGCACCAUGCUGAAGAUCUCUUGUAAUAUUUUUUCUUCAUAAUCUGCAUAAUUUGCGUUUUUACUGGUGUAAAAUAGUGUAAAAGCAUUAAUGAAAUCUUAGUCAAACCACAAAAAUAAAGGGGCUUCCACAGUUUACAAUUACACAUUAAUAUAUUAAUUCUCAUUUUUAAUUAAAAUAAAGAAUUAUGAUUUGCUUGUCACAUGAAAAUCAAAAAUUGAUGAUAUGUUUCGUGACUUGAGCACAAAGAUUUUCAUGAAACAUCUAGAUGAACUUGUACCAAGACUUACAUCCAAACUAUUCACAAUUUAUAAUGCUUCCAUCACUUUGGAUGCAAUGGUAUGUUCAAAUCAAAAGUGAAGUGGAUCACAAAAUGCAUGUUUAAUAUAUAGAAAGGUAAGAAGUAGGUAAAAUAAAACUUGCAUCACAAAGAGAUCAAUUGCAUGGAUCCUACGAUCACCGUUGCAUGGUGCAAACAUCAUGGAGUACUUAUUGAAAAGGUAAAAAUCUUGUUAUAAACACAACUUUGUCUUCUUGUAAACUAAUUUAAAAAUGUUUCUUGUUUUAGGUAUUCAACACAUCUCUUGUGGUUAAAUUUGGUUGGGCAAUGGAUGCAGAACAAGAUUAAAUGUUAUUUUCAUAAAGGUUGGGAACCUCCAUGCUUUAGAGCAUAAGCCACUUACAUUUCAGCAUAAGCUUGUUCAGCUCAAGGAAAAACUUUUGAAAAUAAUUUGCAAAGUUAAACACUUUGAAAUGAUAAUCUCUCAACGUUCUGAGAGAUAAAGUUGACCAUUACUUAACUUGUUUGAAUAAUAUAUUAACAGAUUAUUUUUACGAACGUUGGGAACACCCAUGUUUUUUUUUUUUUUUUUGAACAUUGAACACCCAUGUUGUGUACAUAAGUCAUUGACAUUUCAUUAUAAGUUGAUAUUGUUUUUUUCUUAAUAGGGAGCUUCAAGUGUUUCUACCAUGGCUGUUGUUUUGUAUUGGGAGAAGAAUCAGGUAAGAUUAGUAGAGAGAAAGAGAAUGGUGUCUAUAAUGUUGAUUGUUUGAAUUUGUUGCUUUGGAGUGAAAUUUAUAAUGACCAGUAGUAUAUUGGUGUGUCUCUGUUGUAUUAUGUGAAAUCUGAUUCUUUGGGGGAAACCGUGCAAAAGUUUCUGGUAAAUAUUACUAGUAUUUGUGUUAUCUUGAAAAUUGUAAUCAAUUAUUUUUAUUAUUAUUUGGUUUUGUUCAACUUUUUUCCUAAUUAUUAUGUAAUACUGAUAUAUGUUUAAAGAAAAAUAAAAACUAUGGGCAAAUGUAAAAGUAUCCGUUAGAAAUAGAGGAUAGUUGCGAAAUAUAGAUUAAGAGGUGGUAAACAGGCUAGUAGUAACUAACUGAACUCUAUUAACAUCACUCGCUGCUCUUACGCUCUUCUUCUUCCUUUUCUUCGCUUCAUCCCCAAAGAAACAACCACUUCUUCUUCCUUCCUUUUCUUUGCUUCAUCCCCAAGAAACAACCGCUUCUUCCUCCUUCUUUCGAUUAAGUUUCAUUAUGGCUGCUGCUGGUGAUUAUUUAGGGAUCAGAGACGAUCUGAUGGGAGCAGGAGACGAGCUGAUACUCUUACGUUACCUGAAGCCGAUGAUCGAUGACGGAGCAUCCUGGCCUCAACACUUCGGCGAAGACGCAGACGUGUUCAACAAGAAUCCAAGCACAGUAUUCAAUCCUGAGAACACAGUCUUCCUGAUCGUUAAUCCUCGAACAGAGGCAUGUGGUAAAACCGAUGGAUGUGAGUAUGGUAGCUGGAGGAUCAUGGCACGCGAUAAACUGAUCAAGAACGAGGUGACCGGGAAGCUUCUAGGGUUCAAGAAGAUUCUCAAGUUCUGCGUAAAGAAGACGAAGAGAGGCAGAGAGUACAAGAGAAGCUGGGUCAUGGAAGAGUUCAGGCUUCUCAACCCUAAGCAAGAUCACGUGAUUUGCAAGAUUCGUCUUUUGUUCCACGCCGAAAUAGGUUUCUUGCUAUCCAAGCAUUUCUCCUAUUCGUCUGGUCCGCUUCCUGCAACACAGUCAUUGCCAGCUUAUGGAUACGGUUUUCCUAAUCCAGAAUACGAGGGUGCAUAUUAUCUUCGGAGCUUGAUCGAUCAUGAAAACGAAUGGCCUAGCUACGUUGCCAACGACGUGUUCUGCAUGCAUCCAUCGGCGCUUGUGGAUCCUCAUCGAGAUCAGAUGUUUGCAGAAUCCGGAAUCUGCAUCUUCGCUAACCGGACAGAGGCUUGUGGUUAUACCGAUGGGUGUGAUGGAGGUUGCUGGAGGAUCAUGGAGGGUGAUAAACCCAUCGCUUCGAUCAUGGAGGGUGAGACUUUUGGUUACAGGAGGGUUUUCAAGUUCUGCGAAGCGGAUGGUACAGCCAAAUACUCCUAUACUGAUCCCUACGGAGAAGUUGUGUUUCUGACUUGGAUUAUGGAGGAGUAUAGGCUUGCGGAAGAGGAGAUGAAGGAUAAAGUGUUGUGCGUUAUCAAGCUUCUUUAGGUAAAUAUGCAUUGAUCAUUGAUUCAGGAGUCUCUGUGUGUGUUUUUCUUCUCCCUCUGUAUUCUAACUAUGAUAUGAUAUAGUUUCUUAAUUCUCUACCUAGUCAAUUUGGUUUAGACACUUGUGGUUGCAAUUUCUUUUAGACACAAGAACGCUAAUAGCAUAAAGGCAACAAUAUUAGCAGCAUCGUCACAUAGAUUUGUUCUUGUAAAGUUUUUUUCUCUGGCAACAGAAGUUUCACGAAACUAUAAGAAGUAAGACACACCAGUAACGUACCUUGUGAAGUUUCACUACUUAUGUAAUUGUUUUUGGAAGGUUGUUGCUUUGUCGUUGAUUGUUUGAGAUUUGUUGCUCUGGAAUGUAAUCUAUAGUGUGCAGGGAGAUGUGUACUAGUAUUGAAACCAUAUAAAAGUUUUUGGGUAUUAUUUGUGUUAUCUUGAAAUUGAAGUUCUACGAACAGCAUAUGAAUUGGUGGACUUUGGGUCGAAGUAAAUGAUAUAAUUUGAUAUACACACGUGUCUCAUAAACGCAAUAUAUGUAAAAGAAAACAUAUGAUCUGAUUUGUGUCAUAAACAUAGAGUAGGCAACUUUCGUGUGUUCAUCGUAUUAUAUGAGAAAGAUAAACAAACUCAAAAAGUUUUAUCAUAAUGUACCAAACACCAAAAACAAAAAAUGAGGUUUAAUAUUACACGUUAAAGAGGCCAGAAAGCCAAAUGAAACCUGGUUCAUACCAGAAUUAUAUUCUUAUUAACAAAAUGAAAUUUUGUUCUUUUAAAUGACUGAAAUUUAGAAUCAAAAAUCCGUCCAUCACCUCUACUGAAAAGCCCAAACACUGUCAAAUUAAAUCUUUGUAGAAAGAGCAAUUUUUAAAAUGACAAACAUAUAAACUCUUUAACUCUUAGUGAUCCAAAAGUUUAUUCACUAAACCACCUCUUUUUUUGGUCGGCCAUACUAAUCGAAAGACAAAAGACAACGGUUAAGUGUAAGCGAUGUCAGGGAGUACAUAUACCACCAAAAAGAAGGCGAGUCAGAGCCGUGUGGCCAACUGAUAAUGGGCUUUCAAUCUUAUUAUCAACCCACGUGUCUGCUCUCUUGUGAAGCCAUAUGUUAGGCUUUGAUGUUGCCCUGGUUUUCCUCUGCUCUUACAAAAAUAAAUAAUAAUUGGUCAAUGAUCAUGAUAUAUACUCUCGUGUUAAGUAUUAAUCAUGUUUUCUUUUGUUGUUAACUAAGAGCAUCUCCAAAAAGAAACUCUAUUUUGAAGUUUCCAGAACUCUAUAUUUGAAGUUUAAAGGUGUUUUUCUCCAAAAGCAAAACUUCAAAUUCAACUUCAAAACUAUUUGUAUUUUAUAAUAUGGUCCUUAUAUUAUAAAUAAUUAGCAGAUAUAUAAACAUAUUACAAUAAUAUUAAUUAAUAAAAUAUUCUAUUAAAAUAUAAAAAUUUAAAUAAAAAUAACUUAAUUAAUAUUGAACUUCAAACAAAUACCAUAUUAUUCUAUAAAAUGAUUUUCGUAAUGCAUAUAUGAUCUAUUAGUGCAUAUCAAAGUAAAAAUGGCUCUCCUUAUUUUUACUUUGUAGAUUACAAGCUAAAAUUUGUUGAAAUUGGGUGAUAUUGAUACUUGUAAAUACAUUAGAUCAGAACAAGAAAGUAAAAGAGAAACAUAAAAUAUUGCUAAGAGACUAAUUUCUUUUCGAUGAUAUUAAUACUCGUGAAUAUAUUCGAUAUGAACAAGAAAAAAUUGUACGAAAAAUACAUCAAAAACAACAACAACAACCAUCUUAAGUUACACAAAAAAAAUUUGGACAAUAUUUGAAAAUUUUGAAGUUUCCGGAUCAAACUUAGCUGACUAUUAGUGUUGUUGUAAUAUUUAAAUUUGUGUGAUAGUUAUGUUUUCAUGUAACUUUUUCAAAAAAAUUGUUAAGUUUCGUUUGGAUAUUAUUGUUGUCUAAAUCUGGUUUAAAAUAUUUUAAAUCUUAUUUUAAAGUUUUAUUUAAUUUUAUGUGUAAAAUUUAAAAUCUGUAAGAAAAAUUAAAAUAUUUAUGAGAUAUAUAUUUUUAAAAGAUUAAAACAAUAAAGGAGGAAAUAUUCAUGAAUCAUAAAAGUGGUGUGUGAUUGUAGGGACUAAAAUGCAAAUAAAAUAUGAAACUUCAAAUAUAGAAUUUCACUCUUCAAAACUUCAAAUUUGAAAUUUUGAAAUUCUUUUUUGAAGAACAAAAAACUUCAUAUUUAAAACUAUAGAGUGUCUUUUGGAGAUGCUCUAAGUAAUCAUGUUUCAUAAGUUAAAUUUCUCCAUUGGUCCCCGAAGCGUCGAUGAGGCCGACAUAUAUACACAGUUGACAGUCGUGUAUAUACAAAACAAGAUUUAUGGUCGACGCUAAAAAGAUGAAGGAACACAUGUUUUAAUUCUGAAAUAUUUGAUUGUCAUGAAAUGAAGCACUAAUUAAAAUUAUCCCUAUUGUACGUGUAGAUUGUACACCAUACAAGUGCCGAUACUUACUACCAAGUUUUUAUUUAGUAAAUGCCACCCGUCAUUAGGAUGGAUCUAGAAACGUAAUCUCUCUUUUCAUUGUUUUAAUACUGGUUAACAAAUAAAAUAUAUUUUGUCGUUUAGGUAGAGAUCAAAAUUUGAAAUUAAAAUUGGAUUUUUAUGUUGUCAGCGUCAACAGUUGGUACUUACUAUUUUAAGAAACAUACCAUACACAACGAUACAGCUUAUUCCCUAUUUCCAGUCUCGAAAAUUCAAAGUUUUACUUAUAGGUACAUAGAUGGUGUCAAAUACGUUACAAGACAUCAAAAUAUUAGAAUGAUAGACCAAUUCACUGAAGGCCUAAAAAUCAUGUGCUAAAUACAGAAGAUAAUGCGCAUUAUGUACCAUUAUCGUAUUCUAACUAUAAGAUAUUAACUUAUAAUUUUGUUUUGAGUACUGAGUAGUAUACUUUUAACAUAUACACACGUAUAGACAUAAUUACAUUUAAGAAAAUGAUACACACUUAUUGAUCUUUGAUUUACCUGCAAGUUGCAAUGAUAUUUGAAUGAGUCCUCUCUAAGACCAUAUCCAACAGAAUCUUCUUGGUGAAUAAUAUUCAAUCUCAACAUUCACAUUUAAGAUAAAAUUAUUUGGAACUUUACCAAUAAGGAAAUGUACCAGAACAUACGAUUGCUUGACCAAGGACCUCCGACAUAAACUGAACGUUGUAGAAAUGUUAAUUUUUUUUCGUCAACUUAUUUUUUUGUCAACGAAAUGUUAAUUCAUUUUUAUUGUAUUCAGAAUUGGCUUCCCUUAUAUUAUUUUUCUUCGCCACUGUAUAUAUAAUCCGACAAAAUAUAAAUCAAAGAUUGAGGGCAAACACAACGUGGAGAAUGGGGUCCAGUACUUAGAUAAUAGAAUCUAUUCUGGCUGAUAUUAUUAGUUAGCCAACCAUCCCCACUCCAUCCAUCUCCUCCCGCUAGUUUAUUAGAUUUUGUUGUCAAAAUUAUUAUUUUUAUUAAUAUUGUAAUCUCCCAAAGAAUGCGUGUGUAUAUUAGUUAUAACCAAAAUAAUUAUGUUUCAUUUUCCUUUACAUUUUUACAACAAGAAAAUAGUGGAUCAUCGAUGCUUACUCUGUUAUUUUACUAAUUUGAAACAAAUAUACUCAAUAUCCUCCAAAGCUAUGAAGCAAAUUAAAUCCCUAAUAUAUUAAUUGAAGAUCUUUUAAAAAGUUAUAACCUAAAUUUUAUAAAAAUUUAAAAAAAAACUCCUUCCUAUGUGGCACUUGUGUAUGUCUUCUAAAUCCUAUUUCAAAGAUUUCUAAAACGCCUUAUAUAAACUAUAGUCUAAAAAUUAUAAUAUCUAGCAAAAUAAUAUUUCGAACGCUAUAGUUGGUCGCAUAUAUCAAAUCCUUAUUGUUUCGCAGACUUUCUUUAAAUAUAACAUACGGAAUUAUCUAAUGUGAUUAAUAUAUAUAUAUAUAUAUAAUGAUUUUAAACAAUAAAUAUUUGAUAACAAUCUGUAUACUUUUUUAUCAUUUUUGUUUAUUUCUUUAUUAUUAAAAUAAAUUACAUAAUUACAUUAAUCAUACAAUAAAAUUCUAGAUUUGUUUUAUAUAUGUUGUAUUUUGAAUUAUUCAAAACGAGUAUAAAUUACUAAAAUUAUUAAAAGUCUCACAUAAACUAUUACGAUCAAGGUUUAUUUUUUUCUAUAUUAAGAUAUAAUGAUUAUAAGACCAUAUGAAGAAAUAAUUUUAUUUUAAUAAUUUUUUAUGUUAAUAUAUAUACAUAUAUAUAUAUAUCAUAUCGUCUAAAUUAAACUAUACAUCGUAUGAAGAUGUAUACUUAUAUUUUGAUAUUUGCAUUGAACAAAUAUUGAAAAGUUAAUAUUUUAAUUUUGAAAUAUUCAUUAUUUUUUAAAGAUUAUAAAUUAUUGAAAUUAUCCCACAUUAAAAAAAAUUGUUGUUGUAAACUUUUGUUACACAAAUAUGCAAAUAAUCAUAAAAUCAUAUGAGUAGAAACUUCAUUUAAUAAAUAUCCAUUUUAAAAGUGUACUAUAUAUAUAUGUUAAUAUCAUUUAAAUUUAAUUAUAUAUCAUAUACGAAAGAUAAGAUUGAUUUUUUUUAUUUAUGUACUGUAAAAUGAUUGCGAAUAAACAAGAGUGAUAGUUUGAUUUAUAUACACAUACCAAUUUAUUACGUAAUAAUAACUGAUUUUUUAGUUAUUUAAUAUAUACUUAUUAUUUUAUAAUAUACAGAAAAACAUAAAAAUAUAUAAAAUAUAAAAUAUUUAUUUUGCAAAAGGUGAAGAUCUUAACCUAAUUAUAUACCUCUUUAAUUAUUUUAAAUCAUAAAAUUUUUCUAAAUCUCAGGUCAAAACAAACAAACGAAAUGAGAAUAAACUUCAAAAUUAAUAUUUAUAUCGAACAAUAACCAAAAUGAAAAAGAAAAAAAUAUUAAAGAUAGAUAGGAUUGACACGUGAACGUGAACGUAAACUUCUCAUAACCAUAAUUAAUUUUUAAAUUACUAAAUUAUGAUAUAAAAACGAACUCACAUAGUUUCAUUAUAAUCAAAUAGACCCGAAAUUUUUUGACCUAAACGUUAGGUUUUUAUGUGGUAAGUUAUUUUUUGACCUAAAAUUUUAAUAAAAAUGGUGGUAUCAGGUCAUCAGUAAAACAAAUGAUGUAAUUAACAAAAAGUUAAAAAAAAAUUGUUUUAAGACCAAAAUAUUAAUUAAAUCAAGAAUAUAAAUUUAUUUUUCGGCAUAUUAUUUUUAAAUAAUUUUUAUGUAAAUCAAGAAUAUAAAUUUAUUUUUUCCGUAUAAUAUUUUUUAAAUAAUUUUUAUAUAAAUUUGCGCAUGUCUUAUCUUAGUAUUUCGUUAUAUCACAACCAUAUAUGAUUCACUCUAUGUUGCAUGGAAACUCGGUUGAAGGUAUGUUUCACAUUUCGGAAACGUUUCGGAAUGGAAUCUUUCAGAAACUCGCGGAAACGCAUUGGAAACUCGUUUCUUAAAAAUCUCAGUUUGGAAACUUUGUGGAAACUUGCGUUUCUAUUUUGGAAACUCGCGUUUCUGUUCUGGAAACGCUAAAUCUUUUCAAUUAGUUAUGAUUUGUUGUUAUGAUUUUUAUUUUAGUUAAACUAUUUAUUAUUUAAGUACUGGAUUUUUGUUAUUUUGAAUUUUUUAUAUGAUUUUGAUGUUUAAU